AUGUUUAUCCGAAUCGGAAAUACAAGAAUAGCGAAGAUAUUCUGCCCAAAUUGCUUCAUCAGCUUUUACAAACAUGGAAAUACGAAUGGAAACACUAAAGAAAAAUUUGGAGUUGAAUUAUCAACAAAUAAUAAACUAAAAAGUUAUGAACAUCAAUUACGAACAUUGCAACUACAUGAUGACGAGUAUGAUGAAGAAACCGAUGAGGAAGAUAAAAGGGAAGAGGGGAAUGAAUUAAUUUUGGAAAAUGGAGAAAUUAGAAAAAUUUCAAAUGGAAAAUUAAAUUAUUUAAAUGAGAUUUGCCCGCAGAGGAAUACGUUGAGAAGACCUUUUGAGACUAGCCCGAUACUGGAGGUUGAUGAUGAGAGAGAAAGCUUGCCUGUGAGUAUUUUUGUUUAA